AUGCUGGACGGCCUGAAGAUGGAGGAGAACUUCCAAAGCGCCAUCGAGACUUCGGCGUCCUUUUCCUCGCUGCUGGGCAGAGCGGUGAGCCCCAAGUCUGUCUGCGAGGGCUGUCAACGGGUCAUCUCGGACAGGUUUCUGCUGAGGCUCAACGACAGCUUCUGGCAUGAGCAGUGCGUGCAGUGCGCCUCCUGCAAAGAGCCCCUGGAGACCACCUGCUUCUACCGGGACAAGAAGCUCUACUGCAAGUAUGACUACGAGAAGCUGUUUGCGGUCAAAUGUGGGGGCUGCUUCGAGGCCAUUGCACCCAAUGAGUUCGUCAUGCGGGCCCAGAAGAGUGUGUACCACCUGAGCUGCUUCUGCUGCUGCGUCUGUGAGCGGCAGCUCCAGAAGGGCGACGAGUUUGUCCUGAAGGAGGGACAGUUGCUCUGCAAAGGGGACUAUGAGAAGGAGCGGGAGCUACUCAGCCUGGUGAGCCCAGCAGCGUCAGACUCAGGCAAAAGUGAUGAUGAAGAAAGUCUUUGCAAGUCAGCCAAUGGGGCAGGGAAAGGAGCCACUGAAGACGGCAAAGACCAUAAGCGCCCCAAACGUCCCAGAACCAUCUUGACAACCCAACAGAGGAGAGCAUUCAAGGCCUCAUUUGAAGUAUCCUCCAAGCCGUGCAGGAAGGUGAGGGAGACCCUGGCUGCAGAGACAGGGCUGAGUGUCCGUGUCGUCCAGGUGUGGUUCCAGAACCAGAGAGCUAAGAUGAAGAAGCUAGCCCGGAGGCAGCAGCAACAACAGGACCAGCAGAACACCCAGAGGCUGAGCUCCGCUCAGACAAAUGGCGGUGGGAAUGCUCCCAUGGAAGGGAUCAUGAACCCCUACACGGCUCUGCCCACCCCACAGCAGCUCCUGGCCAUCGAGCAGAGUGUCUACAGCUCAGACCCCUUCCGACAGGGCCUCACCCCACCCCAGAUGCCGGGAGACCACAUGCACCCGUAUGGUGCCGAGCCCCUCUUCCACGACCUGGAUAGUGACGACACCUCCCUCAGUAACCUGGGUGACUGUUUCCUAGCAACCUCAGAAGCCGGGCCCCUGCAGUCCCGGGUGGGAAACCCCAUCGACCACCUGUACUCCAUGCAGAAUUCUUACUUUACCUCUUGA